AUGUCAUUAGUACAAGUAAAAUCCCAAUUCUGCAAUGGAAUAUCUCAAUAUGGUCGAUGUUCACCAAAUAGUGCGUGUGCCUGCUAUCAUAUAGCGAGUGGUCUUGAUAUUGGUAUCUGUGUUGAUGCAUUCGUCGAUUGUUCUGAUCUAACUGAAUGUGGAGACUUAGACAACACUUGUUACGAAUCUAAUCAUAGAUGUGUUCAUCAUCCUCGUUGUCAUAAUCGUCCUGUUUGCUAUCCAGUACCGAGUUUCAAUCAGCAGCUCUGUCCACCAAUGCCGAGUAAGAAGAUGGACAGUGAUCUAGGCGCUAGAGUGAAAAACGAAUCACUUUAA